AUCAUCAUCAUCAUCAUGUCCAACGUCCUCGUUUACUCCGGCCCGGGCGUCUCUUCAUCGGCGCUCACGCACACACUGCGAACACUGAGAAGACUGCUGCCGACGUACGAUGUGCAGUGCAUCUCUGCGGGCUCGCUCGCGACAGACCCUUGGACAUCGACGUGCGCCCUCUUUGUCCUUCCGGGCGGCCGAGACCUGCCUUACGUCGACCACCUCUCCCGCUCGCACUCCUCCUCUGCCCACUCGAAGCCCUCACGAGCGGACGCAGCGCUAAGACAUUAUGUUGAGGAGGUCGGCGGAUCAUACCUUGGGAUCUGCGCGGGUGCCUACUACGCCUCUUCGUACUGCGAAUUCGAACGUGGGGAUCCGACGUUUGAAGUGGUUGGUCCGAGACCGGCUCUGCAAUUUUAUCCCGGAACGAAACGAGGCACCGUCUACCCUGGCUUUGUGUACGAGAGCGACAAGGGAGCCCGGCUCGUCGACGUCGGGCUUGGGGCAAACGACCAGUGGAAGUGCCACUACAAUGGUGGAGGCGCAUUCAUUGAUGCUGACAAGUCUGGCGCCGAUGUAGAGAUCCUCGCCAAGUACAGUGCCGAGGCGGGAAUCAGAGAAGGCUACGAGGAUCAAGCAGCUGCUAUUCUCUGUCACAAGGGGGAGGGGAGAGCAUUGCUCUAUGGCGUCCACCCGGAAUUUCCGAUCGAUGGACCGAUCAACAGCGACACCGACGGCGAGGGUGACGUGCCUAUGGACGAACGAGGGGCAUACGAAGAGAUGGAGAGGAAGAGGCUGGACGUGUUUGCGAGUCAUCUCGAGAGAUUGGGUCUCGUCGUCAAGCGGCCACCUGCGGUUCCGCUUCAGAAAGAUGGCAGCGAGGCAGAGGCCGGCCCGCCCAAAUUAUCACCAAUCGUUCUGGCUGGCUCCAGCAAGCAGAAAGUUGGCGAAAUGUUGAAAGUCUUGGAGAAAAUUAGCAGCAAAGAUGGACGAGCGGCGGUGCUCGACAAUGUCGACGCUCGUCUUGUUCAACUGACAGUCUCCGACUCGAAUGAUACGAUUCACUUUACCUCUGCCUCCUCAGCGGAAACCCUCUUCCAGGCGCUCGAGAAUGCCGACUACUCGAGCUUCAUGGCUCCUGUUGUGGCACCGUCGUCGGACGAAGCGAGGGCAGGUGUAGACGCAGCACCACUGAUGGAUGUCGAUCGAGACAAGGUGCCCAAAUACAUUAUUUGCCUGGAGAACGGUGUGGGCAUCGACAAGGGUCUCACCCCACAUUUCCUUACCGAGGAUUUCUUCAGCUUCUUGACGGACUCAAGAAUGAGAGUCGCAGAAGCCGAACCGAGCAAGCAAAGGACAAUAGCUGCGCCCAGAUGGGGAGAAGAAGAGGGCAGCGACUCGACCUUGUGCGAUGCGAUUCUCUACGGCCAGGUCGUGACAAGCACCCAAACAAUGCUGGACAAAAACUACAAGCUGAUCACGCAUCUCCCGAACGGUCUCACAUCUUUUGCUACUCACCAAGUUUCGGGACGUGGCCGCGGCAAGAAUGCCUGGAUCUCGCCCCUGGGAUGCCUCCAAUUCUCGACCCUGCUGCACAUCGACCCCUCGAAGCUUUAUCGCAGCGGGAUCGGAGGAGUGGUCUUUGUGCAGUACCUCGCCGGUCUCUCUAUCGUUGAAGCUGUCCGAGGCGCUCUGGGGCCGGAGUACGAGGCAGUAGGAAGGCGAAUGAGGAUCAAGUGGCCCAACGACGUCUAUGCAGAUGUCGGCUCUGCCACAGAGGAGCAGGAUGGCCCAGGUCAAGAGGGGAGAAAAGGCACCUUUGAGUAUCUGGGGAGGAGAUACGCGAAGAUGGCGGGCGUCCUCGUCAACUCGCAGUUCGCAGGGAAAGAAUUGGCGCUCGUCGUUGGCUGCGGGAUCAAUUGCCUGAAUCCUCGCCCGACAACAUCCCUCUCGGAUCUGAUUGCGACGCACAACGCCUCGCUCGCGCCCUCCCAACAGAAGCUUCCGGUCAUCUCACAAGAAAAACUCGCAGGCGCAAUUCUUGCAACCUUUGAAAAGCUCUGGAACGUUUUUGUGGCUGCCGGUGGUCACUUUGAGCCCUUCGUGCAGAGCUACCGCGACGUCUGGCUUCACUCUGAUCAAAUGACGACGCUGCAAGACACGAAUCCCCCGACACCGGUUCGCAUCGUGGGCAUCUCAACAGACCACGGCACGCUGCGUGCUGUUCCUCUCGAGACGCAAGUCUUCGCCGACAGUCCGGGCGCAUGGGGAGGAAAGGCCAAGACAGGGGGAGACUUUAUUGAUCUGCAGCCAGAUGGCAAUAGCUUCGAUAUGCUCCAGAACCUCAUCAGAAAGAAGGAGUGACGCUUGCUGUGAAUUUUUAACUGCAACAAUGCUUAUUGCAAC